AAUAAUUCAAUCUUUCUUGUUUGAAUGUGUCUUUUUUGUGUCUCUUGUUGACACUCGUUAAUAACAGUUGUGCAUCUUGGCAAUAAUCUUACGUGCUAUUUUUCUUCGAGAAAACGAUGUUUGGUGCCUCGUUUGACGUGGCUUUCUUCAGCUAGCUAGGGCAGUCGGUUUUCUAGGACGGAACGCCAGACUCCAUCGAAAUAUCUGGCAGUAAAAGUCGGCCCCGACUAACCGCAAAGUUAGACACUGCACAGAACCCGAGUCCCCGCUUUUUCCCAACUCUUAAGGCCCAGUGUUCAACACGGCUUGUAUACAACUCAACAAGAAAGCACGUCUUCGUAAAUAUUUGCAGUGAUCACUACUGUCUACCACGGCCUCUUCAGAAGAUGCAGACACCUAAAAUCAGAUGUUGACGAGUUUUUGAAAUGACUUCGAGGCCAGUUUCAUUGAUUGAUGAUGACAGAGGCGCCGGAAAAGAGUAAAGCCUGCUCGUGGAGGCUUCUCAGCAGCUACCGGUAUUUGAAAAAAGCCAUGAUGCCUCAUGCCGUGGAGAACGCAAGAGCCAGGAAGAAAUGUAAGCAGAAGAUAAUAAUCGCCAACAAGAAAAGGAAAAGAACAGACGACCACUACGAACAUCCGGAUACAAAUAAAUUGGUCAAAAAGACCAAACUCAGUGAUACAAUGCAGGAAAGUCAAAACACUCUGAACUCUGAAAACAGGAGCAGUGAUGCAUCUAAACUAGGACUCUCUGUGUUUGUGCCUAAAGCUUCUGACCACCACAGUUUAGUCACGGCCCUCAGAGACAGCUGGGAGAUGGACAGCGGCUUCUCCUCUGAGGCCAGUCCUCCAGCCAGUGGUCGAAGUUCACCGUGCCUCAGCUCCUGCCCGACUACAGUGGUGGCGUUGGACUGUGAGAUGGUGGGGACGGGGCCUGGCGGGCGCUGCAGCGAGCUGGCCCGCUGCAGCAUCCUGGACUAUCACGGUAACGUCCUGUAUGAUAAAUACGUCCAACCGUGUCAGCCUGUCACAGACUACAGGACCCGCUGGAGUGGCAUCCGGAGGCAUCAUCUGCACAGUGCCACACCCUUCGUUCAGGCCAGGGAGGAGAUCCUCGGCAUACUUGUGGGCAAAGUGGUCGUGGGCCACUCCAUCUACAACGACUUUGAGGCGCUAGACAUACUCCAUCCAUGUCACAUGGUCAGAGACACCAGUACGACACGUCUCCUCAGCCGGUUGGUCGGUUUUCCCCGAGAACGCUGCCCUUCCCUCAAAAUCUUGGCCAGUAAGCUGCUCAACAGGAGGAUACAGGUCGGGAAGAGAGGUCACUGUUCGCUGGAGGACGCUCAGGCCGCCCUGGACCUCUACAAGCUGGUGGAGGGCGAGUGGGAACGGGAGCUGCAGAACAAGCUGAGGGACGACAACGCUCCGUGCGAGCCCAGCUUCGCCUCCUCAAACCACUACAUGCAGGACGAGUACUGGCCGGACGAAGUCACGGCUGACAGCCGGUGAGGGGAGGGUGUUCAUGAGGCAUGUGGUGGGGAGCGCCUCAAAAAGUCCGUGUUAGAUGGUGAUGUUCCUAAUCAUCAGAGCAGAUUGAGAAAACUAUAAAUAAUGUGAAUGAAAAACACAAGUAUAUAUUAAGUCUGGGGAGCAAAAAUUAUCUACAUUAACUCUAUUGAGAAGAUGUACUGUAUCACUUUGGGGGAAAUAACUUUAUUGCUUGAAUGAAAACACUUGUUAACUUAUUACAUUUAAACAUGUUAAACUCGGUUGGUUCUCCUCACAGCAGUUUUUUGCUGUGACACCAGAUAUUUGCUUGCAGAGUUGAUAGAAAUCAAGUUAAUUGUUCGGAACUUGAUUGUGUUUAUGGUGUGGAAAGUGUCGGUAGUUUUACAGUUAUGACCUGCAGAGUUUUCUCACCGUCUCUACUCUUACUUGAAAGGCUAAAUGGUAACUAUUAAGAGGACACAAGACUAAUUUUAGGGCACAGUUACAGCUGUUUUGGAAAACACCACUGUAUUUUUCAGUUGAGUUCGUUUUUUUCUUUUUUUUUCCAAAUGUCUGUUAACAAGCACAUUAAAACGCUUGUCUACAAGGCAAACGGAAAACACAUUUUUUUAAAAAUAAACCGCACAAGUUUAAACUUCCAUCUUCAUGUUUAAAGUAUUGCAGUUACCUCCAUGUAAAGUAUAUGUGACAAUACAAUAUUGUAACAAUAGUAUCAGUGGUAUUUCAUUACCUCACAUUGAAAGCUGCUCCUAAAUGUCCUAAUAAAAUGACAUCUUGUUAAAAUACAA